AGCGGUUGAACGUCACAUGAUACGCCGCUUUUUGGUUCAACUUCGUAAAAUACAGCUUACGUGGCUUCACGACAACGUUCACACCCUGUGGCGCGAAAAUCUGCACAGAAUAAGUUGCGACUGCCUCACCAACGUUAGUGACCAUCCUCGAAUGUGUUGUCGACGGACCGAGCAAAACCGAGAAUGUGGGGUAGUUGAGUUGCCGUUGUUCAAUUUUCGUCGUGCAGUCGACCGCCGGGUCUUGUGUGAUUAUUUCAACUUGUUCUUUCGUGUAGCCCAAGCCACAUAUACUAGACCAGGAUCCAUCGCCCUAGACGGGUUGACAUGGCCUGCGCCGAGAGCUAAAAUGUUGGCUGAAGUAAGCUUCUCGUCGAGAAUCGGCUGGCCUUGGGCAUUCACAAGAUCAGCAGUCGUCAUAAUUGCUGAUUUUAUGGCUGCCGGCGACCAAUCGGAGUGGGCACUUUUGAUCAGAGCCGCUACGCCGCUGAGGUGUGGGCACGACAUUGAUGUGCCCGAGAAGAUUUUCCCCGAAUUAUCCGGGGGGCCCAAAGGCGUCCACGCUGCCAGAAUGUUUUCGCCUGGUCCAAUGAUGUCCGGUUUCAAGAUCCCGGGGGUUUGUUUGCUGGGCCCUCUCGACGAAAAG